AUUUAAGCAUUUUUUCCCUGUUUGUGAAUAGAGACUCUGGUUUGCAGGCUAGGCAUUCCUGAUGACAAUGCUGAUUUAAUAACAAGCCUUAACUGGGUUUAGAUUGUUCCACUGGCGCUUCACUAACUCUCGUGAAUAAACUAAAAUUCUCAUUGUCUGUAAAUUGUUACAUCUGAUAAAUCUGACAGCCGAUGAGAUAAAAAUGCUGUGUUUAUUUCUAAUGGUCUGGCACUCCUAUUUUGUAUAUAGUCCUAGUGCCUGUGCGGGUAGGCCAGUUUUCCCCAGCAAGAUGUUUAUGAUCCUCAUGUUGGACCUGUCAGUAGCAACCAGCUGGAGAAAAGUCUGCAGCCUCUGUACAAGUAUUGGUUUGAUUACAUGGGCAAUUUUAAAACCUGUAAAAGGCCUAUCUGGGAUUUAUUUUAUUUGUUCCUUCAUCAUGGCGCUGACUUUCCAAAGCAUCUUGUAGGAUACGUUGACAAAUGCUCUUUAGACCAGUGACCAAAUGUACAAGGCCAAGUAAUACAGACAGAAAUGGAACAUCUGUCACACAAGAAUAGGCUAUUCUCUGCAUGUUGCUUCUCCCACAGUCUCAUUCAUCAGCAUUCCAUGCCUUCCUUCUUCUAAUUCAUCUUUCUCCCUGUCCUUGUUUUUGAGGGUUGGGGCCAUGAACUUCUAUAGUCCAUUUUUUAUAAGCAAAGUACUGCAAUGGUUUGUCAUUGCUGACCAGGAAAUUGUUCUCAUCAUCUACCAUCAGGAGUAUUGGAAGGAUUUUCAGGCUGGUGAUCUUCCCAUGUGGCCAUGUUGUGAACAUAGCUUCUACAGCCAACAAAUCCCCCUAGUGUGGGCCUCAAACCCAGCUUUUGGUCCAGAGGUGAAAAUUAAAAGAGUAAAUGAACUCUGAAAUGAGGAAUUAUGGCAACUAUGACUCUCUGGGUAAAUAUGGAACCUUUCAUGGGAGAUCCACUUAUCGGGGGAAUCCUGUGAUACCACCUGCAGCCUCAGCGAGAGACGUCAACUCCAGGAGACCGAAGGAGCCAAGGCCACAUAUUUUGCAGGAUUCCACCAACCGUGGGGCAGUGCAGCCCAGAGGUGAAUAUGGGGAGACACGGACUCACUGGUGGGAAGCAGCGCCAGUCAGAGAGGCAAAGGCUUCCAAGCAAGAGGGGCACUGGGACAGAGAAGACUGGGAAAUGUGGGAGUCAAAGGAUCAUCUGGAGAUGCGCCAUAAGAGGAAGCAAGAACGUAGAAACCUGGGCAGAGAGUGGAACUCCCCAGAGCAAGUCAAAAGGUCACUAGGACAUCAGCCAAAGCCAUCCAGAUGUCCUCUGCCUCUGCUCUAUGACACAAUCUAUGAGGAAUGGGAGCCCCUCUAUAGAAGGGGUUUGCCACAAUGGCCUUCUGUCAACCAACCCGCUGAUGACAGACAAGUCGAAAUAUAUCAAUUUUAUAAAGAGCAGUCUACAAGAGACCUCUCAUCACACAAAGAGGCUUUCAAAGUAUCGAACCACAAACUGAGAGAUCCAUCAGAAAUGGCAAUGUCACUUGCCCCCAGUAGAUUGGGAGAGAAAGGUUACAAAGACCGUCCCCUGAAACCUCCAAGUUAUGAGAUGUACUUGCAGAUGAAAGUACAAGCACAACAAGAAAGGAAGAGUGCAGAGUUUGAGAAGAGCCAGAGAGGCCAGGUGAUUGAUCGACAGGUAAACAGCUUUGCAGAGCAGAAAGAGCUGCCUCCCUCUAUCUGCCAGCAGCUGUUCAGCAGAGAGAGAAGACAUCAGGGCAUAGGUAAUGUUUGUGGGUCUAAUGUGCCACCAACUUUUCAAGCCAGUAAUUAUCAGGAGUUUGAUGGGGAAAAAGACAGAAGAUAUCCUCCAAUUUCAGAAGUCGGAUUUAACCUCCCACUGGAUUGCUUUUGGAGAGCAAUUCCUGAUGGACAGAAUUGGUUGGAAGUUGGUAGAAAUGAGAAAAUGGGCCAAGUGAAUCAACAGAGAAAAUGUAUUGAUGCUGAAUGCUUUGGAGAACAGCUGCUUGCUCGCACCAGUCCUGCCAGUUGGUAUGCUGCAGAGAAGGAUGUAUGUUCUGGAGUGGUACCACACUUCAGAGAGAUUGACCUCCCAUUAUAUCCCACCCCCACAGAAAGCACCAAAGAAAAAUAUAAGCAAUCUAGUUUGAAACAUGAAGGAAUCAAAGUGCAAACUCCACAGGUUGAAUUGGAAACUUGGCCCAGAGAAAAGGAUGUGGGGAACAGAAUGAAGGGUGAAGUUCUCAGAAGCAAAAGGGGUGAAGUUGUCUUCUGUCUCGUCUCCAGAGCCAAUAGUUGUCAGUCAGCUCAAGACACUCAAUCACAUACACUCCCCAAAGUUGGCAAGGAUUCUAAUGUUCCAAGUUGGAUCAAUGAGCUUGAACCAACUCUCCUGACCCGGCAGGAUGGGAACUUUUACAAAGGGGGGAGUAAACAUGAAGUUUCAAAGUCUGCCAAUGUGGAGGUAGUAAAAGCUCUGGAUGCUGUGCAAGGUUAUGUCAACCCAAUCAGACUGCAGGCUUGCCUGGAUGGGCCAAAAUAUACAAGCAUCUACUGUGAUAGUGAGAAUCCCAGAGCCCUGAACAUGACUUGUGAUCCAAGGGAUGGCCUCCAUUUCACAACCAGACACAGGCAGAGGCCUUUGUCCCCAAGGCAGCUGCUGUCUUUUGAUGCUGGAGAGGAGCUUAGGAGUUACAGAAACCCUGAUAUCUCGUCAAGCAGAGAGGCCUGGGGGUUUCAGCACAGUGGAGCUGACAAUUCCUUAAAUCACCUGCAGGUGACCGGGCAAGAAGCUGGUAUACAGUGGCACAGAGCGCACCUGAGAAAUGAAGUGGGGCAAAUUGCUCUGUCUCCCAAUAGGAGGAACAGACUGGACCGCUCAACUGCCUGGCACCUCAUGCAACAUGUUGAGGCACCUAGAAGGAGAGUAGCCUGGGCCAAUAGAGAGGAUGUACAGAGAGAGAGAAAACUUCCUGAAUGGAAAGAGCCAAUGGGCUCUGCUCUGAAGACAGGACAGCUGAUCAGACAGAGAGCAGAGAGAGAGGGCCCGGAUCAGAAUGGGCUAUUUCUUAUUGAUGCCAGCUCUGCCAUUGUUAAGGUGCAAUAUAUUUCUUCGCCAGAGCCAGAACGAGUGAGAUUUUCAUCACCCAUUCAAGUUGAAGAUUCAUUUAAACGUGCUACACUCCCUGAUAGCAGCAAGGGCAGGAAUUUAAAUGCAGAGGGGCAAGAAUUCAGUCACACUGUGACAUCCCCACUUAAAAAUAUUGUAAGCACCAGUAACCAUUCCUUUGGGGCUCAUGUAUCAGAUUCUAUUAGUAGCAGCGAUUGGCAACAUAGUAAAAAUAUUCCAGAGGAAAGUGGAGACCUGUUCCCACCUCCCAGGAUGAAGGAGAGCAUAAAGGAAAGGAGCAUCCGGAUAUUGGGUCUGCCCAGGAUGGAGCCAGAUUCAGUGGAAGUACAGGCCAGGGAGAGUGAGCCAGAGGCCAAGGAGAACGGGGCAGUUGCCAAUGAAGUGAGUGAGCAGAAUGAGCCUCAGACAGAGAGCAAACCAGAGCCACGGUCUGGUGAUGACACGGUGGAUCAUUCCGAGAUAGUACAGGAUUGUAUUGGAUCGGAAACUGUGGAACCAGCAACUGCUGAGAGGCUGCAGCUUCCCACUGCUGCUCACGCUUCAUCGCUGCUUGAGGUUAUGUGCAGUGUGCCUCAGACAGGGGCCAGUGAGGAGAAAUCCAGCCAGCUCGAAAUCCCACAUGAACCCCCAUCCCUGUUCCCUGAGGGUCACGGCUCCAGCAGCGGAAUUGAGGGCGAUUCCGGGCACGCAGCUCCUCGGGAGCUUGGCAAUCCGAAUCCAGCAGUCGAGGAGUUGCAGGGUAAGGUGCUGCGAUCAAUUUUGAAGCUCCGCCGCCACAUGGCUCCUGACUCGGAGUCGGAUGAUGAAGAACAGGAACGCCUCCUAGCGUCCGCAGUAAUAACUGGCGGCAGGGCAGCAGCGAGCCAGCCGCUUGCAGAGGGAGGGGCUGGCGAUAGUGUUGGCAGAGAGCGAACCUCUUCCGGAGUCGCGAGUCGACAGCGGAGCAGUGAGCCGCAGGGAGUGGCGAACAUAGCGUCGGCGACUCACUGCUGGCGAGACGCCAACGAGGCGCUAUCUCUGUCGGAGAGCGUUGUGUCGGAACGGUUGGAGGACCGAGCUGAAAGUCAACCGGGAGCUGACGAUGCCACAAAUACCGCCCUCCGAGAGCCGCCUCGUGGCGCGGGAAGCCCGGAACGUGAAAGCACCGCACCGUGUGGUACUCUGGUUUUAGGGUAGUUCACUGCCACCAAUUCUCCUUUCUCCAGAUAUUUUCUACCUGUUCAGACAUUUUAUUACACAACUCUGGCUCAGUUGGGACUUGAACCGAGGCCUCUUGGCUCAGAGUUAGAGACACUACCACUGCACCAUAAGAGCCUGUAAAAUCAUUAGCCUGCGUCUCUAGAUUUCUAGUCCAGUGAUGUUACCAGUACACCACUAUUCCCCCCACCUACUUUUUCUGCUCAGUCUGGGGCUUGUUUAAUUUUCAGUGAAAGAGGAUAGACCAUUAGUUAUUCAAAACAGAAUCGCAUGAUAACAAUAGGCACAAUUUACAUUACCUUAGUAGAACAGAAUUACCAAGGACUCUUGAGAACUGUGGCGAAGACAUCUGCUCCCUUCCGCAACUAUGCAGAUCUAAGCUGUCUCCUCCUAAAGACCAUGUAACAUUAUCAGAUUGGAUGGAGCUCAAUGUAACGUGAACAAUAAUUCCUUCAUAAGCAGUAUUGUAUACAGCUCAAAUAUUGAACGAAGGGGUCUUGAAGUUACUUUUAAAAACCUACAGUUAUGCGAUUGAAUGAUGUUCAUACCAUGCAGGUGACAAACAAUGACUACUUCCAAAAGGAGAUAACCUAACCGUUGCAUUUUGCCCUCAAUGGCAUUACUUCACUUAAUAGCCCCACCACCAACAUUCUGGGAGUUAUCACUGACCAGAAAUUGAACUGGACUCGCCAUAUAAAUGCUGUAGCUGCAAGAACAGGUCAGGGGUUAGGAAGCCUGCAGUGAGUAAUUCACCUGGCUCCCCAAAGCCUGUCCACAAUCUACAAGGCACAAGUCAGAAGUGUGAUGGA